AUGAGUUUUUCCAACAGGUUCUUUACUUCAAAAUCCAGUCAGACGUGGACUAACGGCUCUCUUCAGCUCAAACCAUGCUGUGUCUCCAUCAGCCAGCUGGCCAUACGGCCACCCGAAGGCACCUCCUCCUUCAAACGGCUCCCUGAACUGAUGACGGAACUUUUCCAGAUUCUCAGUGACCAAAUCAACAGAGAUCCCACAGUUAUGGACGCCAAGCUGGCCGACUACAUUUUCUUCCCGCUAUCUCAUGUUUUCCGCAAUCAGGAGCAAUACCCGAAGCGUCUAGUCGAGCUCGCCAUCAAGUGUCUUACGAUCGUCAUUAUCCAUGGCUGGAAAUCAGACAUAUCGCCGGAUAUCAUGCAGCAGCUCCUGAUGCUUCUUACGUUCAUCGUCGGAGGAGUUCCAGGUCGCGAGGGAGCCAGUGACCCCCCCGAGGAAACCGAGCUUGAGUCUCUGAGGGCCUUGACCGCGCUGAUAACGGUGACCGGUUCUUCUGCCACGGCGGCACCAGCUUUGACUGAGGAAAAAAUGGUGCCAACUCUCGGCCACACCAUUUCAGUUAUCCUCGGAUGCGUUACGGACGGAAGAACAUCCGCGAUUCAACUUGAAGCCCUACGAACUCUGGGCUCUUUCUACGCAGGUGUCAGAGACCACGCCGCUCUCGCUUCGUUUCUUCCUGGAGUGGUAUCCUCUUUGACGAAACUCCUGGCCAAACCUCAUAGAGAGAAGAUACGAGUACUCGUCACAUCCAUACAGUCCUUGAAGCUUGUUCUCGUUCAAGUUUUAGGCGAUGUCAAGACUCGAACAAUAACCGCGAGAUCGCCCCCUGAGACUCCUACCGAUUCCGAGAAAGGGCAAAUACUGAGCCCAUCAUGGUUGAAAGCAACGGCAUCGCAGAUCAAGCUGGCUAUGGCAACUAUUCUGAAGCUGCGUACUCACGACUCCCCAGAUGUGCGUGAUGCGCUGCUCGCACUGGCGCUGGGACUUCUUGAUGAGUGUCAUACCUCAUUGGAGGCUUGCGCGUCAAUUUUGGUCGAGACAGCAAUGAUACUUUCCUCCACAGACCAAGCUGUGUCCCUGUCUUCGACGAGUCUGCAAGACUUGGCGAUUAUCUACCCUGAGCUUGGAGAGAUUGUCAAGGUCAACUGUUACAACUGGAUUACUAGCUUGCCUCGGAUAAUGCAAUCCGCCGACGAAGGCAAUAAACAGGCGGCCAUCCAGAACCUUAUGAAGGGUAUGUCUAUGGUGGCCGAUUUGCAGUUAGAUUCGUCACUUCUCGAUGAGUCAAUCGCCGCAGCUCUAAGAGAUAGUGUCACAUCUUUGGUUAGCAGCACCAAAUCAACCAAAGUCAUGGACGAGGUAUCAACAGAUUCCUCGUGGUACAGCCAAGACGUGGUGAAGUCGGGAGAAACAUCCCGGAGUUACCAAAUUGUUUUGCUGAACCAAGAGAGCCAGGCAGGCACAAGGUCAGCAAUGCUCAACCUGUUGUCACGAGUCGGUCCAGCGUCUCAGCAGACAAAACUUGCCGCCGAGAUGCUAGAUUAUGCCCGGGAUGUCACAGGUGACGCUCAGACAGCUUCUUUUUGGUUGAGUUUUGAGCUCAUCAAGGCUGCUCUGUCACGCUCCGACGACCUGGACGAGCUUCUCGAUUUCUCCACAUUGAGCCCCUCCAGCGAAGACGCUAACAAUGUAUUUCAAGAACUAUACUCGCAAGCGGUUCUUAUUCUCGACUCUCAUUCAGAACUUUCCGAGGUCGACUGGAGGCUGGAGGCGACGGCGCUUGAAGUAACUUCAUUUGCGGCAGCCCGUUCAAGAGAAGCUUUUAGGCCGGAGCUCAUUGAUGUUUUGUACCCAAUCACCACGUUUCUGGGUUCCCCAAGUCCUCAUCUCAGGGAACACGCCAUCACAACACUCAACAUCUUGGCCGCAUCCUGUGGAUACCAAAACGUCUCCGAGUUGGUCAUUGAAAAUGUUGACUACAUGAUCAACUCGGUUUCACUACGGCUGAACACAUUUGACAUUUCUCCGGCAUCGACGAAAGUGCUGGUAAUGAUGACUCGUCUUACCGGGCCGCGCCUGCUUCCGUACCUGGAUGAUGUGGUGGCAUCGAUCUUCGCUGCAUUGGACAAUUAUCACGGCUAUCCUAUCUUCGUGGAAAGCUUAUUCUCGGUUCUCAAAGAAGUAGUCAACCAAGGCGCAAAAUCAGAAAACCUCCUGCUUGAAGGCCGACAAAAUGGAUCUGGGAAUCACAAGAAAGCCGUCGGCAAGCCGGUAACAAUAGACGACAUAGUUGAUUUAUUGAAGAGACGAUUAGAACGACAGAAGCGAGCAGAAGAGGAAGCAAACGUCGAGGAGACCAACCGACAUCCGCAACAGCCUUGGGGCCCAGGAGACGGCAAGCACAAGGAGGGCUGUGAAGACGAAGAGCAGGCGAAUGACGAGGUUGAAAAAGAGCAGCCACCAAAGACUCCGACAUACACCUUGCUCGAGAAGAUCACCAGUCUUACUCAGCAUUAUCUUACUUCGCCAAGUCCUACCCUGCGCAAAUCCUUACUUGACCUCUUGGCGACUGUCUCUCCCGCUCUCUCUGGGGACGAAAACUCGUUCCUGCCUCUUAUCAACAGUGUCUGGCCGGUUGUUACAGGCAGACUAUACGACCAGGAAGCUUUCGUGGUCAUAUCAGCGUGCGAUGCUCUGUGUAUGUUGUGUGUAACGGCUGGCGACUUUCUGAGCUCCAGAAUCAAGACCGAAUGGUGGGAUGGUCUUGGCAAAUGGUGCCGCACAAAAAAGCAGGAAGCAGUCCGCUCCCAGAGCAAGGGGAGGUCUUAUCAGGGGAGCAGCAACACCGAUAGACCAGCCGCGUCUGCGAGUCAUGGGAUACUCAUCCCCGUUCGGUCAGGUGGUGAUUUACUGGGCCAACAAGCCGCCGACAUUGCGAACAACUCUGGAUCUGGCGGGCUGGGUAGGUUCGCCCAAGCCGCGCAGGUCUGGGAGGCUGUUGUGCGACUGUUGGUGGCAAUCGUGUCUCACGUUCGUAUCGAGGCCGAGAUAUUCGACGAGUUCCUAGACCUCUUGGCCGACGUGCUCGACAAAAACCCCGAAGCACGCCAAGCGCUUGAAGUCGUCAACGCUGACGCUGUGUGGUUCGCCUUGUAUCAACGGGGGCACAUUCAACCGUUGCCAACGCCGCAACUCGAAGGGCACAAGUUUGUGCCGCUCCCCAGCCUGGGUUGA